GAGACCUGUAAGUGAAGAGCUCACUAAACCUGAUCUCAGUGGCAUUUCUCUCCAGUCUGCCUGUGAGAAUCAUCUGCAGUGCUGGAUGUUACACACUUCAUCGUCGGUCAGUGAACACGUCACGGGGUUGCAGCCAUGGAAUGCCUCAAAAACUGCUGCAAGAUCCUGACAAAAACAGAGCGGCGGGAGCUGGAGACAGAAGUGAUCAAACUGAAAGUGCCGCCGAACAAGGCGAUCACUGCAGGCGUGGAGUCAGAGAGAGGGCAGAGGGGCAUCACGGAAGAUUACCUCCUGUCCAAACUUCCCCCCGAUGGCAAAGAGGUCCCGUUUGUCCUGCCCACCAUCAAGACGUCCUAUGUCCAACCCAGAGGUUCUCGUUAUCCCAAUUUACAGUCGGGGAUGCAGAGUUCAAUGCGGAGCACGUACGCGGAGAGGAAGGCCGAGCUUUUGGGCUCCAGUCACUUCACCUACAGCCCAGAGUCCAAUUUCCAUGAGGGUCAGAUGGCUGAGUACAUUUCCCCUGGUUCAGCCCGUCGUGACACAAUGAAGAACAGAAUGUCCAGCCCACUAAACCCAGGCUGGACUCUGCAGCCAGACGGCCAGCAUCGACAGUGCACCUCCAUGUUGGAUCUGUCCAACGCACACGGUCACAUGCAGCAAUUUGACUUUGUCGCCAGCGUCCGCAGCAGCACAUCUUCAGUGAUGGGCUCCACUGACAGCUGUCUAGACUCCAUCACCCUGUCUGGGGAUGAGCGUGAGUGGGGAAAAGUGUGUGUCCGGAUGAGCUACCAGGAUGCUUUGGAGCAGGUGUGGAUCACUCUGGUCCAGUGUUCAGACCUCAAUCUUCCUCUGGAUGGAGCUGAACAACAAAAGUUUGGAUUCAAAGGGAUCAUCACUUUGCCUAAACCCAUACAGUUCAAGAGCUCAGUUAAAGACUACAGUCAGGAAGUGUCCUUCAUGGAGACCUUUGUCUUCGCGCUCCGCCUCCAGGAGCUGCGCUGCAGCGCUCUAGUGCUGCGACUGCAGAUGCACAACCCCAAGAAACGCACCGCGGCCGAGUGUGUCCUCUCCCUGCGGCAACUCAGUCCUCUGGAGACGCUGCACUGGCUCGACCUCAACGCUCCAUCCAAGUCCUCUGUGUGCCACGCUGAGCUGCAUCUCACCACCUGCUUCCAGCCAGUAAACGGUCGCAUCCAGCUCCAGAUCAUUGCCGCCCAAAAUCUCCCAGCAUCCUCGUCACCGAUCACUCAAGCGUUUUUCGUCAAGGCCGAGAUGCACCAGAUGGGGCAGGUGCUGAUGAAGAAGAAGACUCGCGUGAUGAAGCCGGCCGGGGGUCAGUGUCAGUGGGUGGAGCUUUUCCACUUCCAACUGGCUGCGUUUGACAACGCCUGCUCGCUGUUAGUGAAACUCUACAGUCGCAGCUCGGUCAGGAGGAAACAGUGUCUUGGACAGGUUCAGCUAGGGUAUGACAGCCCCGUCCCAGAGGCGGUGGAGCAGUGGAAGGACAUGAUGGCUCACCCUGAGAAAAUGGUGACAGCAUGGCACAGGCUGAAUGCUCCAUAAACCCAAACCUCUCCUGACUGGUGCGAGACCUUCAUACUCACUGAUACACAGUUAACUCUGAUGGACCUGAACUGUAAACCAGUCCCAUGGUGCUGUGAAUGCCCCGGAAGAGCAGACGAUUGUUCUAAGAAUAUAAAUCGUUUGGUUUUCUAUUUACUGAAGGCAAAGGCAGAUUUCACUGUGUUUCUACAGCAGCCUGAAUGUACAAACCAGCCUUACUACACA